ACCUGCGCAGUGGCCGCUCCUUCCUCCACCUCUUCCCUCAGUCGCGGCCACGGCUCCGGCCGCCCGCCAGUCCGCCCCAUGUCAUGUCGCUGCCUAUCUCGGGGGUGAUGUUCCGCCAGAUCCUGGCGAACUUCCCCGAGAACCUGAGCCUGGCCUUCGCCUAUGGCUCCGGGGUGUACCGACAGGCUGGGCCCAACGGCGGCCGCCAGAAUGUCAUGCUGGACUUCGUGUUUUCAGUAGAUGACCCCAUAACGUGGCACUCAAAGAAUUUGCAAAAAAACCGCAACCACUACUCCUUCUUGAGAUUUUUUGGGCCAAAAGUCAUCACCAAAGUACAGAAUAACUAUGGAGCCGGAAUCUACUACAACACCAUGAUAACGUGUGCUGGUAAGCUCAUCAAAUAUGGGGUUAUUAGCACUGAAACCCUAAUUAAAGAUCUGCUAAAUUGGAAUACCUUAUAUGUUGCUGGACGCCUACAAAAGCCGGUAAGAAUCCUGUUCUUGAGGGAGAACACCAAGCUCCGGGCCGCUCUCGAAUCCAACCUGGAAAGUGCUGUCACAGCAGCUUUUCUUAUGCUCCCAGAAAGCUUCUCUGAGGAAGACCUCUUUGUGCAGAUUGCCGGACUCUCCUACUCGGGUGACUUUCGGAUGCUGAUGGGAGAGGAGAAAGGGAAGGUGGUGAACAUUGUGAAGCCCAACAUACCUCACUUUCGUGAGCUAUAUAGUAAAAUCCUACUAAAAAACCCCCAAGUGCUAUACAAACAAACUCAAGGCCGACUAGAGAUAGAUAAAAGCCCAGAUGCCCAGUUCACUCAGCUAAUGACUUUGCCAAAAACCCUGCAGCAAGAAAUAAGUUAUCUUAUGGACCCUCCAGGGAAAAACAGAGAUGUAGAAGAAACUUUAUUACAAGUGGCUCAUGAUCCUGAUUGUGGGAACGUGGUACGGCAAGGACUUUCAGGAAUUGUGAGACCUUCUAGCGUAAUGCAGAGCACCAAAGGAAUCCUAACGGCUGUGAGAGCUAAAUACUGUACUUGGUGCUGCCAAGCUGCAGUGAGCCCUUGGACUCAUUUCCAUUGUGUUCUAGCAGGGCUCUCUUUGCCAGCAGAGGGCAGCAGCCAAUAUGCACCUGCCAGAGACCCAGCCUCCUCAUGUCGGGAUGGCAGACAAGACUGGGGGACCCUCUUGGCGCCAAUGACCUCACCCUCUCCCUGGAGAGCUGACAUUGUUAACACAUGUCAAGGCUUCGGUAUUAAGUGGCAGCCCAUUAUCACUGAACUAACUUGUAAUAGAGUUACAGGAAAUAAGAAUAAUGUCUAAACAUAGUUUCCACAC